GGGAACAGAGCUGGCAGGUGCCUCGCCAUGGACAGGGCAGCAUGGGCCCAUCGACAGGUUUCCUAGUGGGGGAUGAGAAAGAUGUGUCGCUCUCCUCUCCCACACCCCCAGCCUCGUGGGAAACCAUGGGUUUAGGCAGGACGGGCUGGGAGUGGUGUGAGGGAGAGGGAGGGACUCCAGAAACAGCUUCUCUGCCUGUGAGUGGAAUUCAAGGAGUAACCACGUGUCUCAUUCUCCCUCAGCUAACAGCCACGGAUGCGGACGAGGGCGAGUUUGGGCGUGUAUGGUACCGCAUCCUUCACGGUAACCAUGGCAACAACUUCUGGAUCCAUGUCAGCAGUGGGCUUCUCAUGCGAGGGCCGCGGCCCCUGGACCGGGAGCGGAACUCGUCCCACGUUCUUAUAGUGGAGGCCUACAACCACGACCUGGGCCCCAUGCGGAGCUCCGUCAGGGUGAUAGUGUACGUGGAGGAUGUCAACGACGAGGCCCCAGUGUUCACGCAGCAGCAGUACAGCCGCCUGGAGCUUCGCGAGACGGCGGGCAUCGGCACGUCGGUCAUCGUCGUCCGAGCCACGGACCGAGACACUGGGGAUGGUGGCCUGGUGAAGUACCGCAUCCUGUCCGGCGCGGAGGGGAAGUUCGAGAUUGAUGAGAGCACGGGGCUUAUCAUCACCGUGGAUUACCUGGACUACGAGACCAAGACCAGCUACCUGAUGAACGUGUCCGCCACCGACCAGGCACCGCCCUUCAACCAGGGCUUCUGCACCGUCUACAUCACUCUGCUCAACGAGCUGGACGAAGCCGUGCAAUUCGCCAAUGCCUCCUACGAGGUUGCCAUCUUGGAGAACCUGGCACUGGGCACCGAGAUCGUGCGGGUCCAGGCCUACUCCAUUGACAACAUCAACCAGAUCACCUACCGCUUUGAUGCCUACACCAGCGCCCAGGCCAAAGCCCUCUUCAAGAUAGAUUCCAUCACGGGUGUGAUCACCGUCAAGGGCCUGGUGGACCGGGAGAAAAGCGACUUCUACACCUUGACGGUGGUGGCAGACGACGGCAGCCCCAAGGUGGACUCCACCGUGGUCUACAUCACUGUGCUGGACGAGAAUGACAACAGCCCCCGGUUCGACGUCACGUCCGACUCGGCCGUCAGUGUGCCCGAGGACUGCCCCGUGGGCCAGCGCGUGGCCAUUGUCAAGGCCCGGGACCCCGACGCCGGCAGCAACGGGCAGGUGGUCUUCUCCCUGGCCUCUGGCAACAUUGCUGGGGCCUUUGAGAUCAUCACCACCAACGACUCCAUUGGCGAAGUGUUUGUGGCCAGACCCCUGGACAGAGAAGAGCUGGACCACUACAUCCUCAAGGUUGUGGCAUCCGACCGUGGCACCCCUCCACGGAAGAAGGACCACAUCCUGCAGGUGACCAUCCUGGAUGUCAAUGACAACCCCCCGGUGAUCGAGAGCCCCUUUGGAUACAAUGUCAGCGUCAACGAGAAUGUGGGCGGGGGUACCGCUGUGGUCCAGGUGAGAGCCACUGACCGUGACAUCGGGAUCAACAGCGUCCUGUCCUACUACAUCACUGGGGGCAAUGAGGACAUGACCUUCCGCAUGGACCGCAUCAGUGGCGAGAUUGCCACGCGGCCUGCACCACCCGACCGUGAGCGCCAGAGCUUCUACCACCUGGUGGUCACCGUGGAGGACGAGGGCACCCCUACCCUGUCGGCCACCACCCACGUGUAUGUGACCAUCGUGGACGAGAACGAUAACGCGCCCACGUUCCAGCAGCCCCACUACGAGAUCUUACUGGAUGAGGGCCCGGACACAAUCAAUGCCAGCCUCGUCACCGUCCAGGCACUAGACCCGGAUGAGGGGCCCAACGGCACAGUUACCUAUGCCAUCGUCGCCGGCAACAUCAUCGACACCUUUCACAUCGACAGGCAUACGGGAGUCAUCUAUGCUGCCAAGGAGCUGGACUACGAGAUCAGCCAUGGCCGCUACACCCUGAUCGUCACCGCCACGGACCAGUGUCCCAUCUUGUCCCAUCGCCUCACCUCUACCACCACGGUGCUUGUGAACGUGAAUGACAUCAACGACAAUGUGCCCACCUUCCCCAGAGACUACGAGGGACCAUUUGAUGUCACCGAGGGCCAACCAGGACCCAGAGUGUGGACCUUCCUGGCCCAUGACCGGGACUCGGGCCCCAAUGGGCAGGUGGAGUACAGCAUCGUGGACGGAGACCCUCUGGGGGAGUUUCUGAUCUCUCCCGUGGAAGGGGUGCUGCGGGUCCGGAAGGAUGUGGAGCUGGACCGGGAGACCAUUGCCUUCUACAACCUGACCAUCUGUGCUCGAGACAGGGGGGUUCCCCCGCUCAGCUCCACGAUGCUGGUGGGGAUCCGGGUGCUGGACAUCAACGACAACGACCCCGUGCUGCUGAACCUACCCAUGAACAUCACCAUCAGCGAGAACAUCCCCGUCUCCAGCUUCGUCACCCGUAUCCUGGCCAGCGACGCUGACAGCGGGUGCAACGCCCUCCUCACCUUCAACAUCACCGCGGGCAACCGAGAGCGGGCCUUCUCCAUCAACGCCACGACAGGGAUCGUCACUGUGAACCGGCCCCUGGACCGCGAGCGGAUCCCGGAAUACAAGCUGACCAUUUCCGUGAAGGACAACCCGGAGAAUCCGCGCAUAGCCAGGAGGGAUUUUGACUUUCUGCUGAUCUUUCUUGCGGAUGAGAAUGACAACCACCCCAUCUUUACUGAGAGCACCUACCUGGCGGAGGUGAUGGAGAAUUCUCCUGCUGGGACCCCGCUGACGGUGCUCAAUGGGCCCAUCCUGGCCCUGGACGCAGACCUGGAUGUCUACGCCGUGGUGACCUACCAGCUGCUGGGUGCCCAGAGCGGGCUCUUUGAUAUUGACAACAGCACCGGCGUGGUGACAGUGAGGUCAGGUGUCACCAUUGACCGGGAGGCCUUCUCACCUCCCGUCCUGGAGCUACUGCUGCUGGCUGAGGACAUCGGGCUGCUCAACGGCACAGCCGACCUGAUUGUCACCAUCCUGGAUGACAAUGACAACUGGCCCACCUUUAGCCCUGCCGCCCUCACCGUCCACCUGCUGGAGAACUGCCCACCAGGAUUCUCAGUCCUUCAGGUCACAGCCACAGAUGAGGACAGUGGCCUCAAUGCGGAGCUCAUCUACCGAGUAGAAGCUGGGGCUCAGGACCGCUUCACCAUCCACCCAGCGACUGGUGUCAUACGUGUCGGCAAUGUCACCAUUGACAGGGAGGAGCAGGAAUCCUAUAGGCUGACAGUGGUGGCCACCGACCGGGGCACCAUCCCUCUCUCGGGCACAGCCAUCAUCACUGUCCUUAUCGAUGACAUCAAUGACUCCCGCCCUGAGUUCCUCAACCCCAUCCAGACAGUGAGCGUGCUGGAGUCAGCUGAGCCAGGCACGGUCAUUGCCAACGUCACCGCCAUCGACCGUGACCUCAACCCUAAGCUGACGUACCACAUCAUCAGCAUCGUGGCCAAGGAUGACACUGACCGCCUGGUGCCCGACCAGGAGGACGCCUUUGCCGUGAAUAUCAACACAGGGUCUGUAAUGGUGAAAUCCCCCCUGAACCGGGAACUGGUUGCCACCUAUGAGGUCACUCUCUCAGUGAUUGACAAUGCCAGCGACCUACCAGAGCUCUCCGUCAGUGUGCCAAAUGCCAAGCUGACGGUCAACAUCCUGGACGUCAACGAUAACACGCCCCAAUUCAAGCCCUUCGGGAUCACCUACUACACGGAGAGGGUCCUGGAGGGGGCCACCCCAGGCACCACGCUCAUCGCCGUGGCAGCCGUGGACCCCGACAAGGGCCUCAAUGGGCUGAUCACCUACAGCCUGCUGGACCUGAUACCCCCGGGCUAUGUCCAGCUGGAAGACUCCUCAGCAGGCAAGGUCAUUGCCAAUCGGACGGUGGACUAUGAGGAAGUGCACUGGCUCAACUUUACCGUGAGGGCCUCAGACAAUGGGUCCCCACCCCGGGCAGCUGAGAUUCCUGUCUACCUGGAGAUUGUGGACAUCAAUGACAACAACCCCAUCUUUGACCAACUCUCCUACCAGGGAGCCAUCUUUGAGGAUGCUCCUGUGGGCACAGUCAUCCUGAGAGUCACUGCUACUGAUGCCGACUCAGGCAACUUCGCCCUCAUUGAGUACAGCCUUGUGGACGGCGAGGGCAAGUUUGCUAUCAACCCCGACACAGGUGACAUCUAUGUUCUGUCCUCUCUGGACCGGGAGAAGAAGGCUCACUACAUCCUGACUGCCUUGGCCAAAGAUAACCCUGGAGAUGUAGCCAGCAACCGUCGAGAAAAUUCGGUGCAGGUGGUAAUCCAGGUGUUGGACAUCAAUGACUGCCGGCCACAGUUCUCCAAGCCCCAGUUCAGCACGAGCGUGUAUGAGAAUGAGCCAGCGGGCACCUCCGUCAUCACCAUGAUGGCCACCGACCAGGAUGAGGGCUCCAACGCGGAGCUGGUCUACUCCCUCGAGGGCCCGGGCGUGGAGGCCUUCCACGUGGACAUAGACUCGGGCCUGGUGACCACAAAGCGGCCACUGAAGUCCUACGAGAGGUUCAACCUGACCGUGGUGGCCACGGAUGGCGGACAGCCCCCACUCUGGGGCACCGCCAUGCUCCUGGUGGAGGUCAUCGACGUCAACGACAACCGCCCCGUCUUCGUGCGCCCACCCAAUGGCACCAUCCUCCACAUCAAAGAGGAGAUCCCACUGCGCUCCAACGUGUACGAGGUCUAUGCCACAGACGAGGACGAGGGCCUCAAUGGGGCCGUGCGCUACAGCUUCCUGAAGACAACAGGCAACCGGGACUGGGAGUACUUCACCAUCGACCCAGUCAGUGGGCUCAUCCAGACCGCGCAGCGCCUGGACAGAGAGAAGCAGGCAGUGUACAGUCUCAUCCUGGUGGCCAGCGACUUGGGCCAGCCGGUGCCUUAUGAGACUAUGCAGCCACUGCUGGUGGCCCUGGAGGACAUCGAUGACAACGAACCCCUCUUCGUGAGGCCUCCGAAAGGCAGCCCCCAGUACCAGUUGAUGACAGUUCCCGAGCACUCACCACGUGGCACCCUCGUGGGCAACGUGACAGGCGCUGUGGACGCAGACGAGGGCCCCAACGCCAUCGUGUACUACUUCAUCGCAGCCGGCGACGAAGAGAAGAACUUCCAGCUGCAGCCCGACGGGCGUCUGCUGGUGCUGCGGGACCUGGACAGGGAGCGCGAAGCUGUCUUCUCCUUCAUCGUCAAGGCCUCAAGCAAUCGCAGCUGGACGCCUCCCCGUGGGCACUCCCUAGCCCUGGACCUGGUCACUGACCUCACCCUGCAGGAAGUGCGUGUCGUGCUGGAGGACAUCAACGACCAGCCACCACGCUUCACCAAGGCUGAGUACACUGCAGGAGUGGCCACCGACGCUAAAAUGGGCUCAGAGUUGAUCCAAGUGCUGGCCCUGGAUGCAGAUAUUGGCAACAACAGCCUCGUCUUCUACAGCAUCCUGGCCAUCCACUACUUCCGGGCCUUUGCCAAUGACUCUGAGGAUGUGGGCCAGGUCUUCACGAUGGGGAGUGUGGAUGGCAUCCUGCGCACCUUCGAUCUCUUCAUGGCCUACAGCCCUGGCUACUUUGUAGUGGACAUUGUGGCCCGAGACCUGGCAGGUCACAAUGACACAGCCAUCAUUGGCAUCUACAUCCUGAGGGAUGACCAGCGGGUCAAGAUCGUCAUUAAUGAGAUCCCCGACCGUGUGCGUGGCUUCGAGGAGGAGUUCAUCUGCCUGCUCUCCAACAUCACUGGUGCCAUUGUCAACACCGAUGACGUGCAGUUCCACGUGGACACGAAGGGUCGGGUGAAUUUCGCACAGACAGAGCUGCUUAUCCACGUGGUGAACCGCGAAACCAACCGUAUCCUGGACGUGGACCGGGUGAUCCAGAUGAUCGAUGAAAACAAGGAGCAGCUGAGGAAUCUAUUCCGGAACUACAACGUCCUAGACGUGCAGCCCGCCAUCUCUAUCCAGCUGCCCGAAGACAUGUCCGCCCUGCAGAUGGCGACCAUCGUCCUGGCCCUUCUCCUCUUCCUGGCUGCCAUGCUCUUCAUCCUCAUGAACUGGUACUACAGGACCGUACACAAGAGGAAGCUCAAAGCCAUCGUGGCUGGCUCGGCAGGGAAUCGCGGCUUCGUUGACAUCAUGGACAUGCCCAACACCAACAAGUUUUCCUUUGACGGGGCCAACCCCGUGUGGCUGGAUCCUUUCUGCCGGAACCUGGAGCUGGCUGCCCAGGCAGAGCACGAGGAUGACCUGCCAGAGAACCUGAGUGAGAUCGCCGACCUGUGGAGCAGCCCCACCCGCACCCACGGAACUUUUGGGCGUGAACCAGCAGCAGUCAAGCCUGAUGAUGACCGGUACCUGCGGGCGGCCAUCCAGGAGUAUGACAACAUUGCCAAGCUGGGCCAGAUCAUUCGGGAGGGGCCCAUCAAGGGCUCGCUGCUGAAGGUGGUCCUGGAGGAUUACCUGCGGCUCAAAAAGCUCUUUGCACAGCGGAUGGUGCAAAAAGCCUCCUCCUGCCACUCCUCCAUCUCCGAGCUGAUCCAGACUGAGCUGGAAGAGGAGCCAGGGGAGCGCAGCCCCGGCCAGGGCAGCCUGCGCUUCUGCCACAAGCCACCUACGGAGCUCAGAGGGCCAGACGGGAUCCACGUGAUGCACAGCAGCACGGGCACGCUGCUGGCUACCGACCUCAACAGCCUGCCCGAGGACGACCAGAAGGGCCUGGGCCGCUCGCUGGAGACGCUGACCGCCGCCGAAGCCAGCGCCUUCGAGCGCAACGCCCGCACGGAGUCCGCCAAAUCCACGCCCCGGCACAAGCUUCGCGACGUGAUCGUGGAGAGCCCCCUGGAGAUCACAGAGCUAUGACUAGAUGGGGGGAGCCCGACGGGUAUGAGCAGCCCAACCCCACCCCCUCCCGGGGCGAGAGCAGGGGCAGGACCUCCGGGCGGGGGAGGGCCCUCCCCAGGCAGCUCUGGGCGCGCAGCCUUGGGCCGGCCCAGAAGCAGGGCCCACGUCAGCUGCUCAGAUUCCACUUUUGCCAGACGCUCAUUCGGCAUCUGAUCUCUACCUUCAUAAAAUGUUAUUUUUUUAAGAAAACCAAACAGAAAUGGUGAGUAUCUAAGAACGAGGUAAGGAGGGUCACCAAGAGGCCAAGCCGGCCCUCUUCCCCUCCCACCCCGCCUCACGGCACAGGCGUCCAGCACCGGGGAGGGAAGCCCAGAGCAGGCAUACCCUGCCUGGCCUUGACUCUCUGACCCCAGUUCAAGUCCCAGUGCAUUUCUGCCACAUCCCUGGCCGGACAUCCAGGUGGGGGCAGUGAGUAAUCCCUGCUUCCCCACAUAGACAUGGUCAUUGUCAGCCAAUGGCAUUCUCCCAUUUCACUGGCUUUCCAAACGUGCCGGGCUCAUAAAACGACUGAUGUUCCCUUGGGUUUUGAAUAUAGUGUUCGUGUGUAUUCCUUUUUUAAAUUAAGUUAUUCCCUCCAUAUUCUCCCCGUGGUUUUGUUCAACUGAUACGCACUGAACGUUUCUGGAAUGGUCUGAAUUUAAAAAAAAAAAAGUCACAAGGAACCGGCAAUUCACUCUGGCUCUGGUAAACCACCCGUGGGGCUGGGCCGGCGGGUUGCAGGGGUAAGGACAGGGCAGCUCUGGACCCACCUUUGGGGGCACGCCCCUGCCCACUGCUGGCACCAGGUGUGUCAGGGAGGACCCGAUGGCAUUUUCUUUCUCUGGCCAAACGGGGCCAUAGGACUGCUGGGCACUUACAGGUUCACGGCCUCGGAGCGGAUCAGCAGCCA